AGAACCAACCAGUGACCUUCCAUCUCUGAAUCUGUUCCCACUGUGUCCUCUGUCUGCACAUCCGUCCCGUCCUUCCCCAGAUUCGGACCUCGGUCAUGGACCAGCCCGCUGGCCUGCAGGUCGACUACAUCUUCCGGGGCGUGGAGCACGCUGUGCGGGUGGGGGUCUCUGGGCAGGUGCUGGAGCUGGAGGUGGAGGACCGGAUGACGGCUGACCAGUGGCGGGGAGAGUUUGAUGCCAGCUUCAUCGAAGACUUGACCCACAAGACGGGGAACUUCAAACAGUUCAACAUCUUCUGUAACAUGCUAGAAUCAGCCCUCACCCAGAGCAGCGAGUCGGUCACCCUCGACCUGCUGACCUACACAGACCUGGAGUCCCUGCGGAACCGCAAGCUGGGGGCCCGCCCAGGCCCCUUGGCCCCGAGAUCGGCCCAACUCAACUCCAAGCGCUACCUGAUCCUCAUCUACUCGGUGGAGUUUGACAGGAUCCACUACCCGCUGCCCCUCCCGUACCAGGGCAAGCCGGACCCCGUGGUUCUCCAGGGCAUCAUUCGCUCGCUGCGGGAGGAGCUGGGCCGCCUUCGAGGGCUGGGCGGCCAGGAGACCCGCGACACCCGGGACUCGGAGAUCUGGCACCUGCGGGAGCAGGUCUCACGCCUGUCCUCCGAGAAGCGGGAGCUGGAGCAGCAGCUGGGCCGACACCCAAGCGAGUCUCGUCUCCUCCCCAGGCAGCAGCAGCGGAACCGAUUGGGCAGCGGGGGCAGUGGGGACGGCCCGGCCAUCUCAUGGUCUCGUCAGAACCGUCCCCCUCUGCCUGUGACUGGCCGAGGGGACGCGGCUAACCGCUCGCGAAACCGCAGCUCGUCAGUGGAAAGUUUCCGCAGCCGCUGCUCAUCUGCCAGCUCCUGCAGCGAGUUGGAGGAUUUCUCCGAGUCGAUUUCCAGAGGGGUUCGUCGCCGCAGGAAGCCGCCCAGCCCCUCCACCUGGAGUAGGUCCAAUCCGCAGCAGCAGAAGUCCACCGCCCUGGAACGCAGCGGCCACCUUCGCCUGGACAAGUCCGGGGGCUGGGUCCCUAUCAAAGACUACAGCUCAGACUACCAGGCGGCCGACAUGGCCGAAAUAGACGCCCGCCUAAAGGCCUUGCAGGAGUAUAUGAACCGGCUGGACACGCGGUCAUGACCUCAUGCAACUGGGAUUUUGUGUGUGUGUGUGUGGAUGGUUAUGACAUGGGAGCAGGGCUGAGCUGUCUGCCAAGCCCCACCUCUCCUGGAGCUCUGGGCUGGCCAGGUGAGGUUCUGCCCACCUCUGCCCCACCCGCCGAAAUGUGUUGGGAGGGAGGAUUUGUGCCUUUUGUAAAUAAACGCAUGUGUUCUUGGGA